GGUACUGGGCGGGGACUGGGGCGGGGACUGGGGCGGGGACUAAUAUUUUGGGCCCACCCCGUCCCGGUGCUCUUGCAAGCCGGGGUUCUUCCGCAGCCGGCUGAGCGGGGCAGUGCCCCGGCCGCCCUGGCGCCCCGCUACUGGGCAGGAAUAGAAGAUGAACAAACCCAUAACAUCUUCAACAUAUGUGCGCUGCCUCAAUCUUGGACUAAUUAGGAAGCUGUCAGAUUUUAUUGAUCCUCAAGAAGGAUGGAAGCAGUUAGCGGUAGCUAUUAAAAAACCAUCUGGUGAUGAUAGAUACAAUCAGUUUCACAUAAGGAGAUUUGAAGCAUUACUUCAAACGGGAAAAAGCCCCACUUGUGAAUUACUGUUUGACUGGGGCACCACAAAUUGCACAGUUGGUGAUCUUGUGGAUCUUUUGAUUCAAAAUGAGUUUUUUGCUGCAGCGAGUCUUUUGCUACCAGAUGCUGUUCCCAAAACAGUUAAUACACUACCUUCUAAUGAAGCUGUAACAGUUCAGCAGAAACAGUUGCCUCUCUAUGGCAAAGACAGGACAUUUGUGUUACCUGUGCAGAAUCUUGAACAAAAUUCUAUGCCACCUGACUCCUCAAGUCCAGAAAAUCCAAGUUUAGAAGGUAGUGAUACACGUUUUCACAGUUUUUCAUUUUAUGAAUUGAAGAAUGUCACAAAUAACUUUGAUGAGAGACCCAUUUCUCUCGGUGGCAACAAGAUGGGAGAGGGAGGAUUUGGAGUUGUAUAUAAAGGCUACGUGAACAACAAAACUGUAGCAGUGAAGAAACUUGCAGCGAUGGUUGACAUUAGUACUGAAGAACUGAGACAGCAGUUUGAUCAAGAAAUAAAAGUUAUGGCAAAGUGUCAACAUGAGAACUUAGUAGAACUGCUUGGUUUCUCAAAUGAUGGAGAUGACCUCUGCUUAGUCUAUGUUUAUAUGCCCAAUGGCUCGUUGCUAGACAGGCUGUCUUGCUUGGAUGAUACUCCACCACUCCCUUGGCAUAUGAGAUGCAAGAUUGCUCAAGAUGCAGCUAAUGGCAUCAGCUUUUUACAUGAAAACCAUCAUAUUCAUAGAGACAUUAAAAGUGCAAAUAUCUUACUAGAUAAAGACUUCACAGCCAAAAUAUCUGACUUUGGGCUUGCACGGGCUUCUGAGAAGUUUUCCCAGACAGUCAUGACUAGCAGAAUUGUGGGAACAACAGCUUAUAUGGCACCUGAGGCUCUACGAGGAGAAAUAACACCCAAAUCUGACAUCUAUAGCUUUGGUGUGGUUUUAUUAGAAAUAAUAACUGGACUUCCAGCUGUAGAUGAACACCGUGAACCUCAGUUAUUGCUAGAUAUUAAAGAAGAAAUUGAAGAUGAAGAAAAGACAAUUGAAGACUAUGUUGAUACAAAGAUGAAUGACACUGAUCCCACUUCCAUUGAAGCUAUGUACUAUGUUGCUAGUCAAUGCUUGCAUGAAAAGAAAAACAAGAGACCAGACAUUAAGAAGGUUCAACAGCUGCUGCAAGACAUGACAGCUUCUUAAAAUUUUACUGGAAUAGACUCUUGGGUUUUGGGGGGGGGGGUUUGUCUACACCUGUCUAAACCAUUUUUUAAACUAAAAUUUUGUUUUUGUAAACAUUCUUUUUUACCUUUAACCAGGCAACAUGGAGCAGUUUAGUGGCUAUUAAAGCUUGUAUAGGACCCCCAACAAAUAUACAAGCAAAAGUAGAGCCACGAUAUCAACCCUAAGCUGACACUUUUUAGUGUCACCCUCAGUUCUUGAGUAAUCCCUCAGACCUCUCCUUGGAACCUCACCAAACAUAGUUUGAAAAAUACAGAAUUAGCAACAAGGGGUACUGGACCAUAGCGUGAAAAGACCCUAGGCCAAAGCCCAGUUCUGCUGCUAAUUUGCUGGAGUGCUUUGGGCAAUCCCUUCAUAGCUUUGAGCCUUGGUUUUUUUUUUUCUCACUGGUAUCAUUAGGCUAAUAUCUAUUGUGCUUCCCUGACAGGUAGUCAUGAAAAUCAAAUGAGCCAGCAUAUGUGCAUGCACUUUGUAACAUGUAAAGUGAUAUAAAAUUUAAAGUUUAUAUGCAAUCCAAUUAUAGUCAUUUGUUUAUAGGAUCAUGUUCGGAGUGUGCUAUUUUAAGUAAUCAUUCACCACUAACCAAACAUGCCCUGAUGUUACUUCCAUGACGAUAUGGUCAACAUUAGAUUAUGUUACCUGGCAAAAAUGAAGGAAUUUUGCAGAUGUUGUUAAGGUACCUAAUCUACUGACUGAGUAUCAACAUAGAGACUCUGCUGGGUGGGGCUGAUCUAAUAAGGUGAGUUCUUAUAAGAAUCCUGAGAGAUUAUCCCAUGGGCCUUGAAGAAGUAAGCUACCAUUUGUAAGAAGGCCAUACUUGCUAAGACCUCAGGAUGGCCUUCUAGGCUGAGAGCUACCUUCCAGCUGUUAGCCAGCAA